AUGAGCACAACCGAGCCUAGCAAAGAUGAUGUGGCCAAGUCGCCGGACGUCGAAAAAGCGAAAGACAACGCCGAUGCUACAGAUGGACAGGAACUCAGGUUUACCCCAGAAGAGGAAGAAGCUUUAGUAAAAGAGUCCACUGCAUCCAAAGAUGAAGCGAACACGUUGUUCGCCGCCAAGAAGUACCAAGAUGCUUUGGGAAAAUACGACGAUGCAAUCAACUCCUGUCCUAAAUACCUACAUUAUCCACGAGCAGUCAUCUACAGUAACAUUGCCGCCUGCCAUAUCCAACUUGAGGACUGGAAAGAGGCCAUAAAGUCAGCAUCUGAUUCCCUAAAAGCCCUGGAGAAGCUUGAGCAAAGUGACCCUCGACUGAGUCCUGAGGGCAAAAAGUCUGAUGAAAAGAAAGAGAAGAAGGAAGACGAUGAUGUCGAAGAGGAAAUAAUCAGCAGUGGUGCUUCACGUGCCGCACCAAUUCCCAGUACCGAUGAUGAGGAGCUCAAGACACUUCAGGCCAAUAUUCAGCGCAUUCGAUCCAAAGCUCUUAUGCGAAGGGCUCGCGGCCGUUCAGAAGCUGGCGGGUGGCAUAAUCUUGCCGGCGCAGAAGAAGACUGUAAAGCCCUCGCUGCGAAGCCUGAGAGCUUAGCUCCAGCAGACCUUCGAGUAGUUCGGAAGCAAUUAAGAGACUUACCUCCCCGGGUCAAAGCAGCACAAGAGAAGGAGAUGGGCGAGAUGUGGGGUAAGCUGAAAGACCUUGGAAAUGGCAUCUUGAAGCCAUUUGGAUUGAGCACAAACAACUUCCAGAUGGUCAAGGACGAGAAGACCGGAGGCUACAGUAUGAAUUUCCAGCCUGGAGGAAGCUCUUAA